UGUUAUAUUGAUGAUAGCGCGAGUACAGGAACAACGGCCUUGGCAUCAGGAAUUUUCGACAGCGUUUAUGGGAUCGGUGGUAUCCUUGGUUUCCCAAUUGCCGGUAUUAUGCUGGGCAUCUGGGUAGAUUUCAACCGUGUAGAUGUCAGUGAGAUCACCCUCACCCCAGACGACUACGGCUGGGUAGGUGCCUGGUGGCUGGGGUUCAUCAUUAUGUCAACGGCGUAUUUCCUUCUCUCGUUUGUUCUGUUCUUGUUCCCAAACCGUCUACCCAUGAGCCGUGGGAAGGAGGAUGCUGAUAUCAAGGAGGUCGAGGAGAGCAACAGAGAGAGGGGAACAAAGGACGGGACGAAGGUUGGGACAUCAGCUCUUGCGGCUCUCAAAGAGUGGCCUCGUUCAGUAUGGCGACUUCUGAAGAAUCCAAUUUACCGUCUGAGUUGUCUGUCGUACAUCACGGAGAACGCCCUCUUCUAUUCACUAUUAACCUUCUUCCCAAAAUACAUGCAAGACCAGUUCAGCAUCGACGUGUUCACGUCCGGCAAUAUAACCGGUUUUGCCAUCAUCCCAGCCUGGGCGUUGGGUGCACUUAUCGGCGGUGUCUUAGUCUAA